AGAACUGCUCGUGCCGAUAGGCCGUAAAAGGUUAAGGGUUUACACUAAAUAUUAGCUAAAAAUGUCGUAAACUUGAUAUUCCAUAAGGAAAUUAACUAAUUCGUCUCAGUAAACUGCAGAUAACACUUUCGCUACCUUUAUUACUUUCAUGAGAAGUGAGCCCCGAAGCGUAUAAAGCUCGAAAAUGUACUCCAGACUCCACAAUUGCGGUUGGAAAGGCAUUCAAACUCGUCUCACGUCGGCAAAGAACUAUAGCGCAAGUAUAUUGAAGAAAAAAGAAAAUUUCCACGGAAAAGUGUUGCCAGGCAAAGUCCUCCAUGGAUUUAUGUGCAAAAAUGUUGAGCCUAUUCCUGAAUACAACAUGACAGCAUACUUGCUCACCCACGAGAAAACAAAAACGGAAUAUUUGCAUUUAGAAAGAGAUGACGCUAAUAACGUAUUUUCAGUCGGUUUCCGAACAACUCCUCUAGACUCUAUGGGUACUCCACACAUUUUAGAGCACACAGUUUUAUGCGGGUCAGAGAAGUAUCCAGUCAGAGACCCAUUUUUCAAAAUGUUGAACAGAUCCUUAGCUACAUUCAUGAAUGCUCUAACCGGGCCAGAUUAUACAUUUUAUCCGUUCUCAUCACAGAAUGAGGUGGAUUAUAGAAAUCUCCAAAAAGUGUAUUUAGAUGCAGUUUUCAAACCUAAUUUGUUACGGUUAGAUUUCUUGCAAGAAGGUUGGAGACUAGAGCACAGUAAUUUGGAGGAUAAAAGCUCUGGCUUAAACUUUAAAGGAGUUGUCUAUAAUGAGAUGAAGGGAGCUUUCUCUGAGACUAAUUCAUUAUUUGGUCAGAAGUUUAUCAACACAAUUCUUCCACAAGGUACAUAUGGAUAUGUAUCAGGAGGAGACCCGCUGUGCAUUCCAGAAUUAACUCAUGAGCAUUUAAAGAAAUUCCACGCUACACAUUACCACCCAAGCAAUGCCAAAAUAUAUUCCUAUGGAAAUUUCCCUCUAGAAUCUAACUUAAAAAUGCUAAAUGAGACAUAUCUGAACAACUAUGAGUAUUUAAAUCCAUCAAAUACUGUAGUUCCACCUCAAGAAAGAUGGACAAAGCCUAAACAUGCCAAGAUAAGCUGCAGAGUUGAUCAAUAUGGGGGUCCUAUUGAAAAACAAAACCAAAUCGCUAUAGGAUUUGCUAUGUCAGAUAUUACCAACAUAUUUGAUACUUUCAUGCUUACUGCCUUAGCUGAACUGAUGAUGAUUGGACCCAACUCUGCCUUUUACAAAAGCCUCAUUGAGAAGAACAUUUCUGGAGGUUACAACGGUCUUACAGGUUAUGACAACCAAAUAAGAGACACUCUCUUUGUAGUUGGAUUGAGAGAUGUUGAAACUUCAAACUUUGGAAAGAUAGAAGAUAUUGUUAAUAAGACCAUUCAAGAAAUACAUGAAAAGGGUUUUGAAAAGGAUCACAUUGAAAGUGUACUUCAUGGUUUUGAGCUGUCUAUUAAGCACCAAUCUCCAAAAUUUGGACUCAAUCUGCUCUUCAAUUUGAUGCCCAUGUGGAACCACAAUGGCUCUGUCCUAGAUGCCCUCAAAAUGAACAACUUGUUAAAAGAACUUAAGCAAAACUUGACAAAGCCAAGUUAUAUACAAGACACCAUUGAGAAAUAUUUCCUGGAAAACAACCAUAAACUAGUAAUGACUAUGCAACCAGAUGCUAAAUUUGAUGAUGUAUUUAAUGAAGCUGAAAUUAAGCUACUAAAGACUAAAACUGCAGCUCUCACAGAUGAAGAUAAGAAAGCUAUAUUUGAAGAAGGUAUAGCUCUAUCAAGAGCUCAAAAGAAAGAGCAGAAUUUAGAUGUCCUGCCAUGUCUGAAGCUAGAAGAAAUUACAGUAACCAAGACAGCUCCUCAUAUCAAACACACCAUGUCUGGAACAGUUCCUUUGCAACUAUUAGAAGCCAAUACCAAUGGUGUUACCUAUUUCAAAGGUGUACUUGGAACCGAGAGCCUCAACAAGAAACAAUUGGAAAUGCUGCCUUUCUUCAACUAUAUUCUUGACAAGUUUGACACAAAAUCUUACAACUACAGAGAAUUUGAUCAAUACAUCAGCAAAUCUACAUCAGGAUUGACUGUCAACUGUCAUAUUACAGAGCAUAUUGAUCAACCAGACCAAUAUGAACAAGGCACACUCAUAUCCAGUCAUUGUCUUGAUGAGAAUCUACCAAAAAUGCUGGAUAUUUGGAAGGAAAUUUUCGCCAAACCAAACUUCCAGAAUAAAGAGAGACUUGGCAUGCUCUUGACAAACUACUGCUCUUCUUUGACUAGUGGAAUUAUUGACAGUGGACAUGUAUACGCCAUGCAAAUGGCAAAAUCGCUGGUGUCUUCUGUAGAUCAAUGCAAGGAGCAACUUCAAGGCAUACAACAUGUUAUUAAUAUGCAAGAAGUUCAGAAGAAAUACAAAAUUGACGAGGUGGGAAAUAUAAUGGAUGGAAUCGCGUCAAAAGUCUUAAAUGGGAACAAUCUCAGGGCAGCUUUCCAUUAUUGCAACACAAACACAAAUGUCCUCCCAACUGUUGAAAAAUUCUGCACAGAAUUGUGCAAAGACUCCAAAGAGGUAAAUCGAAUUAACUGGAUUGAUUCAGAGAAAAUGGCAAAAACACAACGCGGAAUACAAGUGCUCGUGAAUAUCCCAGUCAAUUUCUGCUCAAAAGUCAUCCCAACUGUAGCAUACACUCACCCAGACUAUCCCAAGUUACGCGUACUAUCCAAAUUCUUGACCUCAAAAUACCUACAUCCUAUAGUCAGAGAGCAAAACGGCGCAUAUGGCGGAGGAGCAGCUCUAUCUUUAGACGGAAUCUUUAGCUAUUACUCCUAUAGAGACCCUAACUCCAGGACUACGCUUGACGUUUUUGACGAAACAGCAGAAUGGAUGGCCAAAAAUUCUUCCCUAGUCGACGAUCAGAAUUUAUUUGAAUCCAAACUGUCCAUUCUUCAGCAAAUGGACCAACCCGUUGCUGAAUACAUGAAGGGAAUUGACCUGUUCCUCUUUGGAUUGUCCUACGACAUUUGGAAGACGCAAAGGGAGAGGGUUUUGGCGGUUAACGCUAAGGAUUUGAUCGAGGUGUGUCAAAAAUACUUGACCCCUGAUAAAUGGGCUGGAAAGUGCGUUAUCGGUGAAGGUGCAGGACAACAGAUAAAUAAGCAUGGCGAGACUUGGGAGAAACUUAGUGGACCUCAACAGUAAA